CAAAGAUGGACCUGCAAAUCUCAGUUUUUCUUCUGUUCAGUCUUUUCACUGCAGGGCACUCUCUAAGAUGUUAUGAGUGUACGAGUCUGACGGGAUCCUGUACAAAUCAAAAUGGGACAACAUGUCCCAGUGGAUCUACCAAGUGCAUGACUGUAACAACAGUGACAGAAGUUGGUCCCAUUAAGCUGACCACUACAACUAAAGCGUGUUCACCUUUAUGUGUACCUGGGACCCAACAGAUCCUGACUGGGUCAGUAACUACCCAGUGCUGUGACACUGACCUCUGCAAUGCUGCAGAUGGCAUGUACAAGGCAAGCUUCCUCCUGCUGUUGUCUCCUCUGCUCUUCUACUUCCUGGUUCAGUGAAUACACUUCAGAUUCUACAGCUGCAGCAGAAACUGAAUGACGCACACGUUUCUAUUCAUACUUUACUGAAUGAAGUGUGCAUGUUGUUCUGCUGUUCUUUGGUGUCAUGAUUUGGGGAAAAGAGAAUCAGUAUUUUACUAAACA